AUGUCCAGCCACGAUUCCAGCUCUCUACAGAUCGCGGACAGCAACGGUUUCGGCAGCAUGUCAGUCCAAUCCAACGGAGUCCAUCAGCAAGACACUCCCCAUGAAGCCCUCCAGCAACAGUCUCAGCAGCAAGAAGCCAAGCAACAAGAAGUUCAAUACGAAGACGUAGUUCCCGAUACCACCUCCAGUUCCGUUUACGAACUCGAGCCAACACUGAUUCGCAUCAUCAACGGAACCAAGCCCGUCGUGCGCACUCUUGCCGGAGAACUCACUGUCGAGCCCCGUCACAAUCUUAAUGCACCAGUACCCAGAUCUGGCAGAGAUGACCCCGAGAUGGAAGAGCCACCUCGUCUUUCUGUCCAACGUAACAAGAGGAAAAAAGCUAGAACCCAGCCCGCGUUGAAGGCUCAGCACUAUGUCGUCCAUGAAAAGGGAGUGUUGGAUCAUAUCGUCAAGUUUGUUGCGACCUCUGGCAUCACAAACACCCCAAAGGGACGGCAAGGACAAUACUCCUGA